AGUUGUCCUUCCUUUCGAAGACAUUGCAUGGCUUGAGACUCAUGGGCAAGAGUCCCGAUGCUGUUGAGCUGCAGUUUUGCAUCCUGGGCUUUGCAAUUCCUUGCACUUCAUUCCCUGGGAAGGAGGCUGAAACAGGACCGGGUUGUUGCCAUCUGUCUCCUUGUGGAGACUAAGCCAGGAUGCCAGGCUUAGUCAUGGAAAGCUUUGAUUCAUAGUGACCUCGUGCAUGAGGCGUCCUUCCUGUUCGCAACUGGCCUUGUGUUCGGGAUUCCUCUUCUUCAGAGAGCAGGAAAGUGGUCAUGAAUCGGAGAGGCAGUUGGAAUCUGAGGAGGAGAUUUUGCAAGCACCCACAUUUCAGGAGAGGCGAAAGAAAACAGAGCAGAGACGUCAUUCAGCUAGAAUAGCUGUCAGAAAUGCAGCUGAGUAAUUAGGAACUGCCUUAGCAGCUGAGAGGAGACUCAGAGCUAAAAAGCAGAAUCAGGUGCAGCCAGCUCUUGCUGGCAACAAACUGACUCUAAUGCCUAAGCCUUCACUCCUCUUGUGCCUGCUUCGAGUCUGCAUCUGGGAAAUUGCUCCUAAGGAUUUAUUGCUGUUUCUUUGUCUGAAGUAAGACUGCUAUUUGAAUCUGAGGUUGAGUUGGAAUCUGAGGAGGAGAAUGGGGGGGACUCAGGGCUAUACAGCAGAAGCAGGUGCAGCCAGCUCUUGCUGGGAACAAACUGACUCUUUGCUCCCCUUGUGCCUGCUUCGAGUCUGCAUCUGGGAAACUGCUCCUAAGGAUUUAUUGCUGUUUCUUUGUCUGAAGUAAGACUGCUAUUUGAAUCUGAGGGUGAGUUGGAAUCUGAGGAGGAGACUGGGAGGGGACUCAGGGCUAUAAAGCAGAAGCAGGUGCAGCCAGCUCUUGCUGGCAACAAACUGACUCUUUGCUCCCCUUUUGCCUGCUUCGAGUCUGCAUCUGGGAAACUGCUCCUAAGGAUUUAUUGCUGUUUCUUUGUCUGAAGUAAGACUGCUAUUUGAUUUGGGAAUUUAUCAUAGACUAAGAACUGUGCUUGCCCUAAGACUUCCUUGCUUCCUUUUGCAUUAUUCCACUGAGUGUGCUGUACUUUAUGUUUUGCUGUUUUAAGUGUUUUAAGGCUGUUCUUGAAAGACAAAACAGGACACCUUGAGAGACGGACAGAGAGACAGAGACUAAGAACCCCAUGCGCCCAGAGUUGGGCACCAUGCACUCUUCGCAUACUCAGAAACCCCCUCGAUGCCAGCCAUGACUACAGCCUCCUCCUCCUCCUCGUAUUACCGCCUCAACGAGCGGGUCUUCUGGCCUUUGGCGCUGCUGUGUCUCUGGCAGGCCUGGAGGAGCCGUGCCAUUGAAGGCGCCGUGACCUCCUCGUCCUCCUUCCUGAAAGAGCGCUCGUUGUUGCUGCUGGUGGUCCUGCUGCUGUUGGGCGCCUGGGCCUUGAGGCGACGUCUCCGUUGCCAGCAAGGUGCCAAGGAGGCGAGAGUGGUGCAGUCCUCGAGGGUCGAAAGCAAGACUCGUGGCGGUCGUCGCUUGGCCUUGGAGGCCUUCUCCGCCGAGCAGCAGCUUCUCCGUCCGUCCCCGCACGUCUUGGGCCACAGCAAGGCACGCCUGGCCCAGGUGGCGGCUGCGCUGGCCAAGGCCGGGAGAGAAGGAAGACCCUCGGGGAUGUCGCUGCGGGGCGACUGGGUCCUGGGUGGUGCCCACAAACAGCCUCGACGACCCGGUGCCGCCUUCGAGGUGCUACUGCCCUUGCGCCUCCCGCUGGGAGUCCGCCUCCGAGUGGCCCCCUCCGAGGACCCCCGAGGGGUCUUCUCCUGCGCUCUGGAGGUCUCUCUCAAGGAAGACGGGGCCGCAGUCGGGGCGCUGUGUGUCGAGGGGCCCCAAGGAGACACCUGCUUGUCGUCAGCUCUGACCCUGCGCUGGUUCGCGGCCCAACUGAAGCGGAGCCUGCGGGCGGUGCGUUGCGGUCUGCAGGAGCAGCCGAGCCUGGACGCGGGCCCCGGACGGGCCCCAAUCCUCCGCCUCGGCCCCUGCCCCGACGACUACGUCUGCAGCCACCUCUGCCUGUCCUUACGCCUCAUCCCGGCCCUCCCUGUCGGCAAGGGCCUCUUCUUGACCCCUUUGCCGGGCCACCAAGGUGCCCUCUGGACGCUGGACACCUCCCGCCUGUGGGACUGGGUGCGGGAACAUGCCCCCCAAGACGCCUGCCACCUCCAGUGCCUCCGGAUCCUGGAGGGGCUCCGGGACCGCACCGGGCACGCCUUGGGGCCCCCGUUGCGCAAGCAGUGGAGCCGGAUCCUCCGCUUUGAGGUCCUGGAGAUGGCCCUCCUGCGCCUGCUUCUGUUGCAGCGAGGUCCUUGGGGUGCCUGGGGUGGACGGCGGCUGGAGGAGCGCCUGGGGGAGCUGGUGGCCUUCCUGGUAGGUGCUCUGCAGAAGCGCAGGAUGAUGCAUCUUUUCCUGGGCAGCGGCGCCAGUCGGCUCCCCCCGGCUCUGGGCCUGCCCCGGAUGCUCAAGGAGGCCGACCCCGUCAACCUCCUGGCCGGCUUUGAGGAGCCCUCCUUGGACCGGGUGGCCCUCCGGCUGUGGGACGCCUGGCAGCAGGCCGAGACCCUCCUGGGCGGGAACGAGGCUCGCUACCAGGACGGCAGGAAGCACCCCCACUGACACCCUUGGCGAAGAAGCAAGGACGGAGGAGCCUAGAACCCUCGAGUUGGAAGGGACCAAUUCCCUCCGGCAAAGGCCCGGCCUAGGGAAACGCGGGGUGCGUUGCUGUUUCCUAGAACUUUUGUUUGCCUGCCACUCUCUCUCUCUGUCUCUGGGCACUGAACCGGGCGCCUCAAUAGCGCCCCCAGGGGACUGGCGCCUUCCGCAAUUGCGUACUUUGCUUACCGGUUGAGCUGCCCCUGCUUAGAGGUCACUUAGUGUUAUAUGAAGUGUACGACUGACAUAAGCCAUCUCUUUUGUUAUUAAUAUUAUUAUUUGAAAUCACAGUGUAUGUGAGGGAGGUGGUUGAGACUUUCUUUCCCGUCCCCUUCCCAUCAGAACGACCUUUGGACGCCUUCCAGCUCCAAACACACGCCAAGAACUGAUGUUGGACAGGGAACUGGUUGGUAUCAAUCUUCCCUCCUGUGAUCAAUCACAGAUUCCAAGAUGGGGUUGAGUUCUCUUAGAGCUGUGAUGGAGGAAGGUGAGUGGGCCGCUUUCCCUUCUUUCCUCAAUCUCAGAUUAAAAUAGGCCAGUUUGAAUGUUGUAAUUAAUCACCUUGAUUAGCAUUAAAUAGACUCCCCAGCCUCACAUCCUGGCCUGGGAGGAAUCCUUUGUUCAGAGUCGUUAGCUGCCCCCUGACUGAUUCCUGUCUGGAAUUCUUCUGUUUUCAGAGUGCUGCUCCUUAUUUGCUGUUCUAUAAUCUGUUACAGAGUGUUAUCUGGCAGUGUAGAUCCAGCCUAAGCAAAUUUCCUGUUGUAAGGAGACGUCAGCAAUGCUCCAAAAGUCCCGGUCUUGGCACUUAGGGUGCUCACUGCUCCAAAUUUCCCAGCCUUGGCACUCAGUGUGCUCGCUGCUCCAAAUUUCCCGGCCUUGGCACUCAGGGUGCUCGCCGCUCCAAAUUUCCCGGCCUUGGCACUCAGGGUGCUCGCUGCUUCAAAUUUCCCAGCCUUGGCACUCAGGGUGCUCACUGCUCCAAAUUUCCCGGCCUUGGCACUCAGGGUGCUCGCUGCUCCAAAUUUCCCAGCCUUGGCACUCAGGGUGCUCACUGCUCCAAAUUUCCCGGCCUUGGCACUCAGGGUACUCGCUGCUCCAAAUUUCCCGGCCUUGGCACUCAGGGCACUCGCUGCUCCAAAUUUCCCGGCCUUGGCACUCAGGGUGCUUGCUGCCCCUGGUGCCUUUCACCACAGAUAGGGAUAAAGCCCUUGCAAGGCACUUGGAGACUAUUUUUAGGGGCUGUUUUGUGUUGUCUGGCCUCUACUUUGGAGAUAACGUGCUUGGCGUGACCGCAAGUGCAUUCUUCCUGAAGAAAUCAAAGCGAGAGGGCACCCUGUGAUUUGGCUUUUAUCCCCAGGGCUCGGAGAAGUCUGCUGGUGGCAGGGCGCAUGAUGGGAGUGCGAGAGAGCAUGCAUUCACAACCAUGCUGAGUUUGAAACCACAACUACAAACGCAAAUCCUGUGACCAAAAAUAAUAGCACUUUAUUUUCAUAAAUCUAUUUUUUAAAGUAAUUUUUAGUCUGCGUUUAAAUGUAUGAAAUGUGUUGUCAAAGGCGUUCAGAGCCAGAAUCAGACUUGCUGGCCAUGUUCCAGCAAGUAUUCCCUCCUGACGUUUCGCCCACAUCUAUGGCAGGCAUGUUUUUGUAUGUCUUGUAAUAAUGAUAAUAAUAAUAAUAAUAAUAAUAAUAAUAAUAAUAAUAAUAAUAAUAAUAAUAAUAAUAAAAAAGAACCUGCUUUGAUUGAAGUCAAAAAUCAGAAACUCCUCAAAGCACAGCAGACAAAAAAAAUCAGUACAAGAAAACCGCACUACAAACUAGAGCUGACAGCUGGCAAAACAAAGCAUCAGUCCUAGACACUUGGGAAGUGUUCGACUUGUGCUUUUGUGAUACGAAAUCCAGCAUGUCUAUCUUGUUUGCUGUGUCACAAUAAUAAUAAUAAUAAUAAUAAUAAUAAUAAUAAUAAUAAUAAUAAUAAUAAUAAUAAUAAUAUUCUUAGGUACAUCCAUGUAUGGAACAAAUCGUUGCACUUAACAGAAUAUCAUAGUUGUAAAAAUAUGCAAUGCAAUGCAGGAUGUCCGUCCGGCAGAAACGACAAUUUUGCAGUUUAGUAACAAAUUUUCAGUGUUUUUAUGAUAGACCCAAUUAGGAAAUGACAUUGAUCACCCAGGAACUAGAAUGGUUUCACAUUGUGUUGUCAUUGAUCAGACCCAAUGUUUCGUAAAGGUCGCUUUGGACUCAACAGGGCGGAAAACACGCACCAAAAAAGGGAAGCGUGUCACGGGAUCCUCAGCCGUGUUUUCCUCCCGAGACGUUGUGAAAAGAGGAAGAAGCCACGUGUGUUUUCCAUGGGUUGCAAAGUUUUUUUGGAUGAUACCAAAGCACUUGUAUUUGGCGUUGUAUUGAAGCACUUACACCAGGCAUGGACAAACUUCGGCCCUCCUUCCAAGUGUUUUGGACUGCAACUCCCACCAUUCCUAACAGCCUCAGGCCCUUUCCUUUUCCACCUCAUGUGUGGGAGAGGUUAUAGACAUUUGAUUGUACUGAGCAUGUUCAGACUCAGAACUCAAUUUUGUACUCAGUCUGCUUUACACCUCAGUGGAGUAAGUGUGUGGUGUGGGAGGUGUUAUAGACAUUUGAUUGGACUGAGCAUGUUCAGGCUCAGAACUCCAUUUUGUACUCAGUCUGCUUUACACCUCAGUGGAGUAAGUGUGUGGUAUGGGAGGCGUUAUAGACAUUUGAUUGGACUGAGCAUGUUCAGACUCAGAACUCCAUUUUGUACUCAGUCUGCUUUACACCUCAGUGGAGUAAGUGUGUGGCGUGGGAAGGGUUAUAGACAUUUGAUUGGACUGAGCAUGAUCAGACUCAGAACUCCAUUUUGUAGUCAGUCUGCUUUACACCUCAGUGGAGUAAGUGUGUGGUAUGGGAGGCGUUAUAGACAUUUGAUUGGACUGAGCAUGUUCAGACUCAGAACUCCAUUUUGUACUCAGUCUGCUUUACACCUCAGUGGAGUAAGUGUGUGGUGUGGGAAGGGUUAUAGACAUUUGAUUGGACUGAGCAUGUUCAGACUCAGAACUCCAUUUUGUACUCAGUCUGCUUUACACCUCAGUGGAGUAAGUGUGUGGUGUGGGAGGUGUUAUAGACAUUUGAUUGCACUGAGCAUGUUAGGGCUCAGAACUCCAUUUUGUACUCAGUCUGCUUUACACCUCAGUGGAGGUGGAUGCAUGUUUGCAUUACACUUCAGUGGAGGUUGGAUGCAUAAGGGGGAAAAGGAAAGGGCCUGAGGCUGUUAGGAAUGAUGGGAGUUGAAGUCCAAAACACCUGGAAGGAAGCCAUGCCAGAUCCACACCAUAGACUCAAUGCAGUUUGACCCACAGUCAACUGCUGUGACUCAAUGCUAUGGAAUUAUAAUUAUUAUAAUAUUAUCGUAUAGUGAUAUAGUAAUUUAAUGCUUAUAUUGUGCUAUGCUAAUAAUAUAUUGUAUGUACAUUUGAUUUGUACGUACAAUAUAUGUACAACAGGGGAGAAGAGCGGGAUAUAAAUGUAGCAAAUAAAUAAAUAAAUUAGGGCACGUGCAAUUUAGCAAGGUCCUUAGUUUCCUUUGCCAAAGAGUCCUGGCGCCUCACCAAACUACAACUCCCAUGGUUCCUUAGCAUUGAGCCAUGACACUAUCGAUAGGAUGGUCUGCAGGAGGACCAGCCAUUUGGUUAGUAGCCAGCUGCAAUAAAUCACUACUGACCGAGAGGUCAUGAGAUCGGAUUGAGCGCCCGACCAUUAAAUAGCCUAGCUCGCUGUUGACCAAAGCAGCCCGAAAGACAGUUGCAUCUGUCGAGUAGGAAAUAUAGGUACCACUUUAUGCAGGGAGGCUAAUUUAACUAAUUUACAACACCAUAAAACUGCCAGCAGUGCGCGGAAAGGAAUGAGGAAGUAAUACCAUCAAGGACUCGGUGUCACAAGUGGCUGGAAUCGAUCCUACCUUUGUGAAGCUGGAAGCUGGAGGAUGUUAAAUUGCCUCUGUGUCUGUCUAUAUAUGUCGUAUGUCUAAUGGCAUUGAAUGUUUGCCACGUAUAUGUGCCUUGUGAUCCGCCCUGGGAAUAUAAAUACUGUAAAUGAAUAAAUAAAUCACGGGAUUUUUUAA